GUCCAUUUGAGCUUCAAUCAUACACGGGGAGGUCCAACAAAUUGGGCGGCCAGAGAACGAGAACUUUGUGUGCCGUUUCUUGCGCUAGAUUCUGAGCAAUUUAACUGUGUUUUUUUGUGUGUCGUGUCGUGAUUGAUUCCUUUGAGGUCAAAGUGCUUUACAAUACGCGCAGUCCGUGGCAGAUAGCAAGGCGGAGGCGGCUGCCCCAGAAAAUUGUAGACACACUCAAGUGCUGCGUAGAUGAUCGUUUUGUGACGCCAAACGGGAACAUACAGACAACAUUGUCGACUCUUUGUGUCUGCAAGGAAGAUUUUAUGCAUUAAACGAACUUUAAACUAUGAAAAUAGCAAAUAAGUGCCGCGAAUAGAAAACUGUAACAGCCACAGCAGCUGGGAAGCAGCAAAAAGCGCGACAUGCUGCUGGUAAGGUCAAACGGAGACCAGGAAAGCAUGCUGCCACAGACUCAGGUGGCAAUCAAACGGAAGCCCGAACUGGAACAGGAGCUGCAACCCAAGCAGCACAAGAGAUUCUUCGAUCCGCGCACAACCAACAAUUAUAACUAUAGACAACAGGCGAAAAUGUAUUCGAAUCCCAAUACACAACAGAAUUUGGUCCAGAACAGACCCCCCAUAAGUGUAGCAACGACACCCCCAACGACAUUGCCCAACACUGGCAUUGAUGGAAACAAUUCAAAACCAACAACAACAACAACAACAUAUGACAAAAUGCAAGAGCAGUGUAAUCCUAAUAAUAAUAACAACAACCACAACAACAAUGCCAAUGCCAAUGCCACAAACGGCAACAGCAAUCAAAGCAAUUGUGGCAACACUGGUGGCAACAACAAUUUCAACAACGGCAACAGCAGCGGCAGCAAGCGCUGCCCUGGAAAGUAUUCCAAUAACAACAUGUCCGCUUACAACAACAGCAACAACAACGGUAACAGUAAAAAUGCAUCCCGCAAGAAUCGUUACAACAACAACAACCAGAAUCAGCACCAAAAUCCCCAUCAAAAGCAACAGCAACGCAACUUCUAUGGCAAUUCGCAGAAGCGAAUCGAUGGAGCUGCCGGCGAUAUGGAUGCCAAUCUGAAUGGGGAAUCGCAAGCCCAAUCCUGGCGCAACUACAGCGGACACCAUCUGGCGAAUUCUUCAUGCAUCGAAGACAAAUUCCUGGGCCAGCACAAUCCGGCCCACCGCAACAGCACCAGCAGCGAGACGACCAGCGAGGAUAUCUGCUCCAGUCGGGAGCAGAUCCACAAGCCCAAGGGUGCCCACAACAAUGCCUCGAAUGGGGGCAGCAACGGCAGCAAGACACACUCGAAGCGACAGCAAAAGGGCAGAAACUCUGGACAGCAGCAGCAGCAGCAGCAGCAGGAACAGAGUGGCCAGAGCAAGGCAGCAGCAGGUGUAGCAGGUGCAGUGGGAUUCAACAAGGCCAAGCAGCAGGCAAGUGCUGGCAAGUGGCGUCAGCAGCAGUCGCAGCAGCAGCCAUCGCAACAGUUGCAGCAGCAGCAGCAGAAGCGCGGCAACAACAAGAAGCAGCAGCAGCAGCAGCAGGGCAACAACAAGUGGUGCAACAGCAACAACAGCAGCAACGGUGCAAACAACACUGCUGCUGGCAGGAACGUAAACAUGAGCAAACCGAAUGGCAGCAGCAAUCGCAAUGUGGCCAAGCACCUGGCCAACUCCUGUGGCAGCAGCAGCUUCUCGUCCUCAUCGUCAGCCUUAAGCUCCUCGGCUGGCAGCUCGCCCAACAGUUCGCCCUAUGCAAAUGGCAACCGGAAGCGUGCAGGUGCUGCCGGCAACGAUCAGUGGCGCCACUACAACAACAACAACAACAACAACAACAAGAGCAGCAACAACAAAAACUUGCUGCAGCAGGGAGAGAUGAAUGUGAACUUUCUGGUGCCGCCGCUGCGGCAGCGCGAACAGCUGAAAAUGGACGACCAGGAGGUAAUUGAGCGCCUGCGCCCCCACCUGAUCGACCAGCACCUGCUGCGUGUGUACGGCUUCCCCGUGGAGAGUGUGGUGCACGAGGGCGCCAUUGAGAUCUUCAAGUGUAUGCCGAACAUGAACAUGGCCGCCGCACGCUUGAUGUCCUUGACGCUGGAGCGUGAGCGGGAGCGGGAAAUGCAGUACCGCGAGCUGGCGCCUCCGCCCGUUAUCAACUACGAUGACGGCCUGCCGACGGAGGAGUCACAAGCAGCAGCAGAAGCAGCAGCCAGCAAAUGCUUCACCGUCUCCACAGACUCUGGCAACAGUUCGCCGAGCUCCCUGGACUCCGAGUCCGGGGAGUGGAGUGGCAGCGAGUGCGGUGAGUCGUCGUCGGCUGGAGCCUGCCGGCCGGAGAUGAAGUACUAUCAGUACGCGAACAGCUUCCACGCCCAUGUGGAUCGCAGCCUGUCCAAGCCGUGUGCCCGCUGCAAGCGCCACUUUCUCGUGGAUGAGCUGACCGGCGAGUAUCUGACGCGCGAGGAGUGCGUCUACCACGAGGGCAAGUACAAUCGCUUCUACGACGGCACCUACGUCGGCCGCUGGACCUGCUGCAAUGCCACCGACGAGGCAGCCGAGGGCUGCGUCCAGGGCGAGCUGCAUGUGUGGACGGGCUCUGCGGUGGGCGUCAAUGGACCCUACUACGACUUCGUGCGCACCCAACCGGCCCCGGGUGGCUGCCACUUUGGGCACACACCAUCGGUGUACGCCCUCGACUGCGAGAUGAGCUACACGGGCCGUGGCCUCGAUGUGACCAAGGUGUCGCUGGUGGCCCUCAACGGGCAGCUGGUGUACGAGCACUUUGUGCGCCCCGACUGCGACAUCAUCGACUACAACACGCGCUACUCCGGCAUCACGGAGAAGGAUCUCCGCUCGGGCAAUGUCAAGACCCUCGCCGAGGUGCAACGCGACCUGAUGCAGCUGAUCAGCGCGGACACAAUACUGAUCGGCCAUGCUCUGGACAACGAUCUGCGCGCCCUGCGCAUUGUCCAUCAUACGCUGAUCGAUACCUCGAUCACGUUUCCCCAUGGCAGCGGAUUCCCCUUCCGCCGCGCCCUGCGCCUGCUCACCAAGUACCAUCUGCACCGGGAGAUCCAGUGCGGAGAUGGGACGACGGGACACAGCAGCUUCGAGGACUCGCGCGCCUGCAUGGAUCUCAUGCUGUGGCGCGUGCGCCGUGAGCUGGAUCCCACAUGGCGCUGGCAGGGCUAGGAUCGGAGCAGAUCGGAGAUCGAAGAUCGAAGAUCGAACACCAUCGAAUGCACACAGCAUGGGGUCGUGUGCAUAGUUGGGCGGGUUACUCUAGUUACACGUAGUUAUUAUAAUAUUGGGAUGGGUCUCUGGUGGUGGGUCCACUUGGGGGACGGGGGACGGGGACCCACCGCCCAGUCGAUAGCCCCUAGAUGUAUUUUGUAUUCAAAUCUCAGAAGUGUUAGCGAGGAGCGGCUAACGCAUUGCCGAUGAAAUGGUUCACAAAUCAAACUAAAAUAAUGACAAAAUCGUUAACGAAACAAAUAAUUAGCAACAAGAAAAAAAGCACACAAGAAGAAAAAAUAAAUAUAUAUUUAUAUAUAGAUAUUUCGUAGGCGUAACUUUAAUCUACAUGCUACACACAUAUGUUUAUAUUCAGAUAAACAUAUUGUUUUUUUUUUUAUUUAAUUAAUUUUUUUUUCGAACCACAAGAAAAUGUACUGAAGUUAUAGCUGUGAUGUUUUUUUCACUUUCUCACAUAUUUACACGACAAAAAAGAAACAAAACAAAAACAAAUGCAAAUGCAAAAAAAAGCUACAAAAAAAUAAACAAGAAAAUACAAAAAGAUAUAUAUUCAUUCAUAUACACAAAUGUAUAUAUAUUUUUUAGAGCGGAAGGGUAAUUCGAAAUGCCUUUCAUAUUUUUUCGACACCAACCACAACAAAUCACUCCAUUUAUCACGAUUUACUUUUAGUUUCGUUUUUUUUUUUUCAUUAUUAUUUUUUUUAUAUUUUUUUUAUUUGACAAAAGUACGAAUGAAGCAUCUCAUAUAUAAAACAAGAAAAA